AUGGAAGUCUCCAAUGAACAUGGUUAUGGCUCAAUUUAUGACAGAAAAUUAAUCCCUGGACUUGCGAUGAAAACAAUUAAUCAAAAAUCAAGCGUCAAUAAUGAGUCCACUUUGAAUGCUAAAAAUCGCAGUCCUUUAUCUUCAACGAAAUUGAACAACAAAACAAAUAAGCCUGUUCGUUACUUUAUAUCCGGUUCAAAUCCUAGUGUAAUUCAAGAUUCUGCACUUUCCUUAGCUGAUCUCAGGCGAUUUCCUCAAACUUGGAAAGCCCCAGUCAAAUGCUUAAUUUGCUCUCGUCGUUUCAAUCAUAUCUGGCAUUUAGCGUUUCAUUUAGUUAAUCUAAUUUUUUUCUUGGUUAUUAUUUUGAUAAUAUUUCAGAUGACUAAUUAUCCCUCAUUAACUUUCAAAUUUUAUGUUGAUGCUAAAAACGAUGCGAAUGACUGUUCAAGUAAUAAAAAUUCAGAGAAACGUGUUCAGGAUCCUUCAUUUAUUAUAAGAUUUUCUACUUCUAAUGAAACAAAUGAGCUUGGAAAAAAUGGAGCAAAUAUUUUAAUUUUCAGAAAUAAGGCUCGUUUUAUGCGUUCAUCAUUUCUAGAAUUAUCUAAUUUGGAUGUGGAUGAUAAACAUACAAUUGUAUCUUCCGUUAAUUCUCUCAGGGACAAAAUAUCUGUGUUUAUGCCAGUCAAUAGUGGAAUAAAUUUCAAAGGUGUUUUACCUUUUAACGGAUCUAAAUACGUUGAGUUCUCGUCUGUGGGUCUUUGUAGUGUUGACUGUGAUAGAGGAUGGAUUCGGGAUAGUUAUAAACAGGCAAUUAUUUAUUAUUCUAUUAUUUUUUACGAAUUUUUUUUUAUUUAGCGCUUCAACCAGAUUACCGAUCUCUUGCCCAAAGAAAAGCGUUUCUUUGUUUACUGGAAUGAAUUUAUUGGAAAACCGAUUAAUAAGGAACUUGCUCAAUAUCAAAUGCCUGUGUUGAUGAAACGCUUUAUUUUUGAAUUUG